UGGGCAACAUAAUGAAACCCUGCCUCUAUUAAAAAAAAAAAAAAAAGAUGAUUUCUGCCAUAGCUGGCCUGGUUCGGUGUUCCAGGGCCAGAGGACCCCGAUGGAGCUGUACUCAUGGGUGGGAAAGGGGCUGCCUCCCACCCCACCAGGUGCACCCUGACCUCCAUCUUCUGAGGGUGUUGGGGACCCUGGGAUCCGAAGCAAAAGCAGGCAGUGGGCCAAAAACAGGUGUGGCCCCAGGGAGACGGACAUCCCAAUCCAGCAGGUGCCUGAAACCCAGCUCCCCGAAAAAGUGGAGCAGAGCAGCUGGGCUCAGGAGGGAGCAUUUAUUGAGCACUGGCUGUGUGCCCCAGGGGGUCCCACCGGCCCCUGGAGAGAGAGUGCCUGCCCCAGCACUGACCCUCUACACAGACUCCCGCCCCCACCCCAUGCUUGGGAGGAGAAGCCACAUUAGGUAGGUAACAGCGUGACUCAAGAGACCUGCUCAGGGUCAGAAAGCCCAUGGAGCCUGCGGCUGGACGGUUAGGUGUUUUGUUUCUCCCUUACCAAAAGCAGAAGUCUGGCUAACUAGUAGGUGGAGGGUAGAUCCGUGCACUUUUUCCAGAAACUUCGCCGGUGGCCGCACACAGGACGCAGCGCUUGCUGCAGCAGUGAGAGCUCGUGCCGCCGCAACAUCAGCCGAGCUUGGUUAGAUAGAAAGGCCUUGCUCUCCUGGGGUUCCCCCUGGCCUGACACACACUGCCAGGGAAGUGGGCGCUAGGCCCCAGACCCGCCUUGCCUGCUCAGUUGCAGGGGAAAUGCUGGAGUGCCUCGAAAUACUGAGGCUGCAGAUCAGCUCGGACCCCAGGCAAGAAACUCCCCAGCAGAGGGCAGCAGGGAGACGGGAUGCUGAUUGCAGCUGAAAGCUGGGUUUGUGUACUCAUUCAAGGGCCAUUUGAAAAAUACCAGUUAACUGGUCCCUGUCUGUUGGUGACCAGACAUUUCCAUCUCGCUGUUUACUUUAAAAUAACCAAAAUUACGUGUAGCCCAGAGAAGGAAGACACCCCAGUCUGGCAAGUGCCCGAAACCCAGCUCCAGGAAAAAGUGCAGCAGUGCUCGGGUCUGCAGGGAGCCCGCCAGCCCACGUGCACUGACUUUCGUUUCAUCGCCGAGCCCCGGGGGAUUGCGCGGGUGGUCUAUGCCGUUAGGCCAUUGACAGAUGAGUCCAGAAGAGGUUCCGCGCGACCCGUGGUCAGAAGCCCGGAGGCGGGGCGGGAUUUUCGAGCCUCUGGUCUCCAGGACCUGGGCUGAAGGCCCACGGGGGUGGGAUGGACCCGCCAGGCUAGGACCCGAGAGAGCCGAACCCAGCUCUCAGCCGGGGUGGCGCGGUGCCUAGAGGGAGGGAGGGGCGCAAAGCCGGAACGCAGAGCCUUCGAACGGCCCAGGCCGAGGCGGGCAGGGGUGGCCUACGCCCCUGCGGAGGUCGCUGGUCGAAGGUGUUGGAGAAGGGCCCGGCUUCCGGGGCGGGGACCUUCCUCGCCCCGCCCCGCGUUAGCCACGCCCAGACGCCCUCAGUACGCGAGGCCGGUUGUCCCUUUAAGAAUUCCGGGGCCCGCCUGGCUCUCACCGCCGGCGGGCCAUGGCCGCGCAGCUACUGGAGGAGAAGCUGACCUGCGCCAUCUGCCUGGGACUCUACCAGGACCCAGUGACGCUGCCCUGCGGCCACAACUUCUGCGGAGCCUGCAUCCGGGACUGGUGGGACCGCUGCGGGAAGGCGUGCCCCGAGUGCCGGGAGCCCUUCCCCGACGGCGCCGAGCUGCGCCGCAACGUAGCCCUCAGUGGCGUGCUGGAGGUGGUGCACGCCGGGCCCGCCCGGGACCCCGGCCCCGACCCCGACCCCGGCCCCGGCCCCGGCCCCGGCCCCGGCCCUGCCGCGCGCUGCCCCCGCCAUGGGCGGCCAAUGGAGCUCUUCUGCCGUACCGAGGGCCGCUGCGUAUGCAGCGUGUGCACCGUGCACGAAUGUCGCCUCCACGAGCGGGCGCUGCUGGACGCCGAGCGCCUCAAGCGCGAGGCCCAGCUGAGAGCCAGCCUGGAGGUUACCCAGCAGCAGGCCACCCAGGCCGAAGGCCAGCUACUAGAGCUGCAGAAGCAAAGAAGCCAGAUCCAGAACUCAGCCUGCAUCUUGGCCUCCUGGGUCUCCGGCAAGUUCAGCAGCCUGCUACAGGCCCUGGAAAUGCAGCACACAGCAGCACUGAGGAGCAUCGACGUGGCCAAGACGCGGGUGCUGGCACAGGCUCGAGAUGAGGAGCAGCGGCUGCGGGGCCACUUGGAGGCUGUGGCUCGCCAUGGCUGCAGGAUCCAGGAGCUUCUGGAGCAGGUGGAUGAGCAGACCUUCCUGCAGGAAUCACAGCUCCUCCAGCCCCCAGGGCCUCUUGGGCCACUGACCCCUCUGCAGUGGGAUGAAGACCAACAGCUGGGCGACCUGAAGCAGUUGCUAAGCCGGCUGUGUGGCCUCCUCUUGGAAGAGGGGGGCCACCCCGGGGCACCAGCCAAGCCGGUGGACUUAGGCCCCAUGGAGGCCCCAGGUCCCCUGGCACCGGUCCCAAGCACAGUUUGUCCACUGAGGAGGAAACUCUGGCAGAAUUAUCGCAAUCUGACCUUUGAUCCAAUCAGCGCCAACCGUCACUUCUAUCUGUCGCGCCAGGACCAGCAGGUGAAGCACUGCCGUCAGUCCCAGGGCCCAGGCAGGCCCGGCAGAUUCGAGCUCUGGCAGGUGCAGUGUACCCAGAGUUUCCAGGCCGGGCACCACUACUGGGAGGUGCGCGCGUCAGACCACUCAGUGACACUGGGUGUCUCCUACCCGCAACUGUCACGGUGCAGGGUGGGGCCCCACACAGACAACAUUGGCCGGGGACCCUGCUCCUGGGGGCUCUGCGUCCAGGGGGACAGCCUCCAGGCCUGGCACAACGGGCAGGCCCAGCGCCUCCCAGGGGUGUCAGGGCGGCUCCUGGGCAUGGAUUUGGACCUGGCCUCAGGCUGCCUCACCUUCUACAGCCUGGAGCCCCAGACCCAGCCCCUGUACACCUUCCACGCCCCCUUCAACCAGCCCCUCACCCCCGUCUUCUGGCUCCUUGAGGGUAGGACCCUGACCCUGUGCCAUCAGCCAGGGGCUGUGUUCCCUCCGGGGCCCCAGGAAGGGGUGCUCAGCUGAAGAAGGCAUGGGAUGGAGCCCUGGCAUAGCUGCCACCAUGCCUGCGUGCCCAAGAGCUGCCCACCUCCAGCUCGGAGACUGGAGGACCAGCUGUUGGCCUCUCUGUUAACUCAGAAAGAGACUGGAGGUGGGGGUAGGUGAGCAUAAACCCAGCGUUCACUGUUCCAGCCUCUUUGAAGGGGACACGGUCUAGGAGGGGGAUAAAUGGGAUGCCCUUGCCCCAAACAGAACCCAGUUCUAGGUACUGCCUGGGCCUGGGAGGCUAGAGCAGUGCCCAGGGGACUUCUGGGCUUACAGGACAGCAUGUGUGACAAAAUUCAGAUCCACCUGAACUUGCCUCUGGAGAUGAUAAGGGCCAAAGGAGCAGUUAGUGAGGGGCGGUGAGCCAGAGUAGUCCCGGGGCCGACAGAUUCCUCCCUCUGUCCCGCCUGCAGCUCUCUUUAAUUUUUUGUAACAUUUGGAUAGACGUCCGUCCUGUCUUGUAGUCUUUUUAUUUUGUGCAUCCUUAUAAUUAUAUUAACAAUUUUGUUUUCUGCAUUUAAACAUUUUUUUUUUUAGGAGACGGUCUUGCUAUGUCACUCAGGCUGGCGUACAGUGGCACAAUCGUGGCUCACUGCAGCCUCGAGCUCCUGAGCUCAAAGGGUCCUCCCACCUCAGCUUCCGAAGUAGCUGAGAUUACAGUGUUUUCUGAAGUUUUUUGACUUAACAUAAGCAUUUUUCACAUGAUUGAAAAUUAUCACUGAUUGCUGUAGUCAUUCUAAUGGCUAUCAAGUUUAUCCAUUAUUGGACAUUUAAUUUGCUUUCUUUUUAGCUAUACAAACAUCGAUGUGUUUUUUUUGAGACAGGGUCUCCCUCUGUCACCCAGGCUGGUGUGCAGGGGUGCCAUCAUGGGCUCAUGGGAUUCUCCUACCUCAGCCUCCUGAGUAGCUGGAAUUAUAGGUGUGUGCCACCACGCCUGGCUUAUGAUGAAUAUUUCUGCGCAGGAUGCUUGGCCGCAUUUAUGGUCAUGUAUGUAGGCUGUUACCUCAAGUGAGUCACUCAGGGAACAAUGAGCACUUGAAGAUUUUUUUUAUUCAAAAGGCCACAGUGAGGCCACCUUGAGUCCGGCCGACUAAGGCCCCUCAACCCUGUCACCAAGCAGCGCGUGACACCGGCAGGACCUCCGUCUCCAGCAUCCCACCCCUGGGUGUGGGACUUUGGGGCAGCCGUGUGUGCAGGUGCCGGCGCAGGCUAGCUCCUCCUGGCUUGGUGUGGUGUUUGCCAUUACAGAACAUGCUGCCACGAAGAGCCCUGGGCAUGAUUUUGCUUGUACUUCCGGAAGUGGGGUUGCUGGGUCAUCGGGUAGAUGUAAUUUGUUUUACUUGAAAUGUUCCACUUCUUGUUCUGGGAGGUGGUUCCAAGGGUGUCUGCUUUUGGCCAGGCGCGGCGGCUCACGCUGGUAAUCCCAGCACUUUGGGAGGCCGAGGCGGGCGGAUCACAAGGUCAGGAGUUCGAGUUCAGCCUGGCCAACAUGGCAAAACCCCGUCUCUACUAAAAAUAGCAAAAAUUAGCCGGGCGUGGUGGUGUGCGCCUGUAAUCCCUCCUGGGGAGGCUGAGGCAGGAGAAUUGCUUGAACCCGGGAGGUGAGGUUGCAGUGAACCGAGACUGCACCACUGCACUACAGCCUGGGUGACAGAACGAGACUCCAUAAAAAAAAAAAAAAAAGGGGGAGGGGUGUCUGCUUUUGUAACUUUAAAAACUGGACAUCUGUGUUAUAUGUACUCAUGGAUAAAUAUUUCACAAUAAAAAUUUUUUAAAGGAUAA